GCUAAACUUCCAUCUACAACACAACUUCCACUUUUAUUCCACAUCCUCUCAAGUCACAAGCCACUGCAUCUCACUCAACACCAAAUCCCCUGAAACUCAACUGCGGAGCUUCAAAUCGCCAAGCUCGCACCUGGGCAAGAUUGUACUCUUAUCUCAACCACUCGACCGACACUAUGGCGGAGCAACAAGAUAAUGCACAGUCAAUCAGUGCUGAUGAAAUCGCGCUGUACGACCGACAGAUCCGGCUGUGGGGAGUGCACGCACAAGAAAAAAUCCGAUCGGCGAACAUCCUUCUCAUCACUGUGAAAGCUCUCGCAAACGAAGUGGCCAAGAACCUUGUCCUGGCGGGCAUUGGCUCACUCACCAUAAUCGACCACCAGGACGUCACAGAGGAGGACCUGGGCGCGCAGUUCUUCGUCGCCGAAGGACAAAGUGAGCAGGAUGUGAUUGGGAAGAACCGCGCGCAAGUCGCAGGACCGCAAAUCCACAAAAUGAAUCCUCGGGUCAAGCUCAACAUCGACACUUCCGAUGUCAAAACUAAACAACCUGACUUCUUCGCGCAAUUCGAUAUCACAAUCUCCACAGAGCUCGACUUCGUAACCAACACCAUCGUGAACGCCGCCUGCCGACUGGCCAACAGACCCUUCUACGCCGCCGGUCUACACGGCUUCUACGGCUACGUUUUCGCCGACCUAAUCAUCCACGACUUCGUGAUCGAGCGAAACAAAUCCAACAUGGCCCCCGCAACCCAAGAAACACCCACCCGCAGCAUCAUCGACAUAACCACCAAACACGAACAGAACGACGCCAACAAGAAAGAACCAAACAAGAUAAUCGAGCUCGUCACCAAGCGCGAGGUGUACUCACCACUAAUCCUCGCAAAUACAUCCCCACUACCGGAAGAAUACACACGACUCCCACGGCGUCGCAAGCAAGUCACCCCACUUCUCAGCUGCCUGCGCGCACUAUGGGAAUUCGAAAAACUACGCGGCCACCGCCCGACCUUCACGCACGAAGACCUGGAAUUAUUCACGAAGCUGUCGCGCGACCGACACCAGGAAUUGAAGCUGGAGCCACUUACACUGGACUCUGUGUUCCUGCGGACUUUCCUGCAGAACCUGGGCAGCGAGCUGAGUCCCGUUGCGGCAUUUUUGGGCGGUGCGCUGGCACAGGAUGUUAUUAAUGUUCUUUCGGCGAGGGAGCAGCCUUUGCAGAAUAUGUUGCUGUUUGAUGGGGAGAAGAGCGUUGGUCCGAUUUAUUCGCUUCAUCCUUUCUUCCCUGAUGAUGGUGUGGCGGAGAUGGCUGCUGUGCCGCCAGUUAGGAACCCGAUUACGGUUCCUGUGGAUUUGUGAGAGCAAUUGGAAUAAAUGAAGGUGGACAGGUGGUGGAAGAUUGGACUGAGUUGGGCUCCUGGGCUCUUUUAGCAUCAUUACGAAUCUCCUUUUUUUUUCCAACAGAUUCCAAUGACCCCGGACUUAGAUCUGGGUCUCAUUAUGUACGAUAGAACACGAGCAACCAUUGAUACUUGAUACUAGCAUGGAAUUGG